AUGGCGGACCAGAUCCCUCUGUAUCCGGUGCGCAGCGCAGCGGCGGCCGGCCACAAGCGCGCGGCCUACUACAGCGCCGCGGGGCCCGGGCCGGGGGCCGAUCGGCGCGGCAGGUACCAGCUGGAGGAUGAGUCUGCCCAUUUGGACGAGAUGCCACUAAUGAUGUCUGAAGAAGGCUUUGAGAAUGAUGAAAGUGAUUACCACACGCUGCCGCGAGCCAGGAUAGAGCGAAGGAAAAGUGGUCUGGAGUGGUUUGUCUGCGGUGGAUGGAAGUUCCUCUGUUCCAGUUGCUGUGAUUGGCUGAUAAAUAUUUGUCAUCGAAAGAAAGAACUAAAAGCUCGCACAGUAUGGCUUGGAUGUCCUGAGAAGAGUGAAGAAAAGCAUCCCAGGAAUUCAAUAAAAAAUCAAAAAUACAAUGUCUUUACCUUUAUACCUGGGGUUUUGUAUGAACAAUUCAAGUUUUUCUUGAAUCUCUAUUUUCUGGUAGUGUCCUGCUCACAGUUUGUACCAGCAUUGAAAAUAGGCUACCUCUACACCUACUGGGCUCCUCUGGGAUUUGUCUUGGCAGUUACUAUCACACGGGAAGCAAUUGAUGAAUUUCGGCGUUUUCAGCGAGAUAAAGAAGUAAAUUCACAACUAUAUAGCAAGCUUACAGUAAGAGGUAAAGUGCAAGUUAAGAGUUCAGACAUACAAGUUGGAGACCUCAUCAUAGUGGAAAAGAAUCAAAGAAUUCCAUCAGACAUGGUAUUUCUUAGAACUUCAGAGAAAGCAGGUUCAUGUUUCAUUCGAACGGACCAGCUGGAUGGCGAGACAGACUGGAAGCUGAAGGUGGCUGUGAGCUGCACUCAAAGGCUGCCGGCCUUGGGGGACCUUUUUUCUAUCAGGGCUUAUGUUUAUGCUCAGAAGCCCCAACUGGAUAUUCAUAGUUUUGAAGGAACCUUUACCAGGGAAGACAGUGACCCUCCCAUUCAUGAAAGUCUCAGCAUAGAAAACACGUUGUGGGCAAGCACCAUUGUUGCCUCAGGUACUGUAAUAGGUGUUGUCAUUUAUACUGGAAAAGAGACUCGAAGUGUAAUGAACACAUCCAAUCCAAAAAAUAAGAUUGGUUUGCUGGACCUCGAGCUCAAUCAGCUGACGAAGGCGCUAUUUCUGGCUUUGGUUGUUCUUUCUGUUGUUAUGGUAACCUUACAGGGAUUUGCAGGCCCUUGGUACCGUAAUCUUUUCCGGUUUCUUCUUCUUUUUUCCUACAUCAUUCCCAUCAGUUUACGUGUGAACUUGGAUAUGGGCAAAGCAGCCUAUGGAUGGAUGAUCAUGAAAGAUGAGAAUAUCCCUGGUACAGUCGUUCGGACCAGCACUAUACCAGAGGAACUGGGGCGCCUCGUGUACUUAUUGACAGAUAAAACAGGAACUCUCACCCAGAAUGAGAUGACAUUCAGGCGGCUCCAUCUGGGCACUGUCUCCUAUGGAGCUGACACAAUGGAUGAGAUCCAGACCCACGUCCUGAGCUCCUACGCACAGGUUCAUCCUCAAACCGGUGGAAACAACCCCAGUUCAACCCCACCGAGAAGAGCCCAGUCUUCAACUCCCAAAGUCAGGAAGAGUGUCAGCAGUCGAGUCCACGAGGCAGUGAAAGCCAUCGCCCUAUGCCACAACGUGACCCCCGUGUAUGAGUCCCAGGCUGGUGUCACUGGGGAGACUGAGUCUGCCGAGGCAGACCAAGACUUCAGUGACGAGAACCGCACCUACCAGGCGUCCAGCCCGGACGAGGUCGCACUGGUGCGGUGGACAGAAAGUGUCGGGCUCACUCUGGUCAGCAGGGACCUCACCUCCAUGCAGCUGAAGACGCCUGGCGGCCAGGUCCUGACCUACUGCAUCCUGCAGGUGUUCCCCUUCACCUCGGAGAGCAAGCGGAUGGGCAUCAUUGUCAGGGAUGAGUCCACAGCAGAAAUCACAUUCUACAUGAAGGGUGCUGACGUCGCUAUGUCCUCCAUCGUCCAGUACAAUGACUGGCUGGAAGAGGAGUGUGGAAACAUGGCUCGGGAAGGGCUGCGAACACUUGUGGUGGCAAAGAAGGCAUUGACGGAAGAACAGUACCAGGACUUUGAGAGCCGAUACAGUCAAGCCAAGCUGAGCAUCCAUGACCGAGUACUGAAGGUGGCCGCAGUGGUAGAGAGCCUGGAGAGAGAGUUGGAGCUGCUGUGCCUCACCGGCGUAGAGGACCAGCUGCAGGCUGACGUGCGGCCCACGCUGGAGAUGCUGCGCAACGCUGGAAUCAAGAUAUGGAUGCUAACAGGUGAUAAACUGGAGACGGCUACUUGCAUUGCCAAAAGUUCACAUUUGGUGUCUAGAACACAAGAUAUUCAUAUUUUUAGACCUGUGACCAGUCGAGGAGAGGCCCAUUUGGAGCUGAAUGCAUUUAGAAGGAAGCACGAUUGUGCACUGGUCAUAUCAGGGGACUCCCUGGAGGUCUGUCUGAAGUACUAUGAGCACGAGCUCGUGGAGCUGGCCUGCCAGUGCCCCGCCGUGGUGUGCUGCCGCUGCUCUCCAACCCAGAAGGCCCACAUGGUGACUCUGCUGCGGCAGCACACGGGGAGGCGCACCUGUGCCGUCGGUGAUGGAGGAAAUGAUGUGAGCAUGAUUCAGGCAGCAGAUUGUGGCAUUGGGAUUGAGGGAAAGGAGGGGAAGCAGGCCUCGCUGGCAGCGGACUUUUCCAUCACACAGUUCAGACACGUCGGCAGGCUGCUCAUGGUGCACGGGCGGAACAGCUACAAGAGGUCCGCAGCUCUCGGCCAGUUCGUCAUGCACAGGGGCCUCAUUAUCUCCACGAUGCAGGCCGUGUUCUCUUCAGUCUUCUACUUUGCGUCUGUCCCCCUGUACCAGGGAUUCCUCAUGGUGGGGUAUGCAACUAUCUACACCAUGUUUCCAGUGUUCUCCUUGGUGUUGGACCAAGAUGUAAAGCCAGAAAUGGCGAUUCUUUACCCAGAGCUGUACAAAGACCUCACCAAGGGGAGAUCCUUGUCCUUCAAGACCUUCCUCAUCUGGGUUCUGAUCAGCAUUUACCAAGGAGGUAUUCUCAUGUUCGGGGCCCUGGUGCUCUUCGAGGCUGAGUUUGUGCACGUGGUGGCCAUCUCCUUCACAGCACUGGUCUUGACUGAGCUGCUCAUGGUGGCUCUGACCAUCAGGACAUGGCACUGGCUGAUGGUUGUGGCCGAGUUCCUCAGUCUGGGCUGCUAUGUGGCCUCCCUCGCCUUUCUAAAUGAAUAUUUUGGUAUAGGCAGAGUAUCUUUUGGAGCUUUCUUAGAUGUUGCCUUCAUCACGACCGUGCCCUUCCUGUGGAAAGUGUCGGCCAUCACUGUGGUCAGCUGCCUUCCACUCUACGUCCUCAAGUACUUGAAGCGCAAGCUCUCUCCUCCCAGCUACUCCAAGCUGAGCUCCUGAGCGGUCGGCAGCUGCCAGAGGCCUCCAGGCACCGUAGGCCUCUCAGCUGGCUCCUGUGGGAGGUGGGAGGUAGGGGGCUGGGGCCUGCCCUUUCCUCUUUGAUGUCCACUGAGGCAGCACGGGGCUUCCACUGGAAAGGAGUCUUGUUCCUUCCCUGCUACUGUAAAGGAUUUGCCCUUCUGAGAGCUGGCAGUGGUUUCUGCAGCUCCCCAGCACUCGGGUUCUUCUUUGAUGUGGAAUGUGAAAGCCACUCCCCUGCACAAUAAAGUCUGCACACUGGGGAAGCUUGUCUGCCCUGCAGCCACCCUUGCCAUCGCCCACGGCCAUGAUGAGCCUCCAGACUCCUGCAGGGCUCUCUGCUGGGCACUCACGUGGUUGUAUGUUCUUGCAUAGAGUGUGCUCCUCCCAGAAAAACCCAGGUGACAGAUGGUGUGACAUCUCUGAUUGCAGUUACAUUGCCACUGGGAAUGGAGCCAUUUGUCAAAGGCAUUGCUGCUCCAUAGUGUGUCCAUACUCCAUGUCCUCUCAUGUCUGCAAAAAUCACACUCAGAAAGAGGUUUUGCUGUGUAGCAGGUGUCCCUGGGGGACUUGUGAUACACACACAUGUGCUGGCGCUAGGGUGGAAGAGCCCCCCAGCCCAGGCUUCAGGAGGUGUCCACAUGUCCACCAGCAGCUCCCUGGAGUGCCAUGGCCCUGCUGCUGGUGUUCAGGUAGAAGAGCCUGUGGGCCAGGGCUUGGUCCUCGCAACUGCCCCAGCUCUGUGCCCUUCUCAGGGUGUUUCAUGAGCCCUCCAGGGAGCUUGCUGGCGAGCACCUGGCCUCUUACAGGAAGGAGUCGAUGGUUUUCUAGAACAGUCUGCAGUCCUCUGCACCAGGUGUCUUAUGCACCACACUGUUCUUCACCUUGAGCACCCACUGAAUGUAACCCCACCAUCCUUGUGCAAUGCCCACCCAUUGAGGGCAGCACCGUGGGGGUGGCCCCCAACAAGCCCUGUGUCUGUGGUGCCACCUCCUCCUAGGCUUAUGUCAGUGCUGCUUUUCAAAGGAGAGGCUCAGUGCCACAAUAAAGUGUAUUCCUUCCCAUAUAUCGUCACAUGUGCCUUUUGGAUCACAUGCCUGUGGCAGGUUAUCUUUGGAUGCCUGAGCAUUCAGAAUUCCCAGGUGGACCUGGGACCAGAGAAUGCUGUUUCUCAAAUCCCCCACAAGGUGUCACUGUUUUGCCAGUUUCUCCAGCAGCGUCCGGUCUGGGGCUGCCAGGCUGGAGGAGUGUGCUGAGCUGCAGGAGCCUGCAGACACCCACCGUCUUGGUGGAUUGGGAGUUCAUGCCCCUGCCCUUUCUUUCACACAAUUUGAGUUAAGGGCAUUGGGUUCACAGGAAUGCCGCGGCCUGUGUGCUGACGUGGCAUCACUCAUGGAUCUGGGUACAGAAUACCAAGUUCAGAUUAGACAUUUCUUGCCUCUGCUGUUUUUAAAAUAAAACAAACACCCACGUGGGAGGUUGACUAA